AAAGAAUUUUAUUGUCAGUUAGGUAAUUAUCUGAUAAUUAAACUGGCAGUAUUUAUUUAGCUCCCGUGGCAAAUAAACGCAUAAUACGUGGCACAUCAAGUACACAGCUCUCCCAGACGCUGUAUUGUGCGCGAACCUUCCAGCAUCGGCUUGCGACUUUCACACCACGACCACCUAAGGGUCUACGUGGAAAAUGUUCACCAAUAAAGUGGCCAUAAUCACGGGAGCCAGCUCCGGUAUAGGAGCCGCCACAGCCAUCGCACUAUCUAAGGAAGGUGCCAAGGUUGCCCUGGUCGCCAGAAACGACCAACUUAACCAAGUCGCCGACCAAUGCGUCGGCGACACUCUCGUCAUCAAGGCUGACAUCUCCAAAGAUGAAGAUUGUCAUAAAACUGUGCAAAAAACUAUCGCUCGUUUCCGCCAACUGGAUUUACUUGUCAACAAUGCGGGAAUCAGCAGACUCACAACAAUUCUGGACGACAAUUUUUUGGAGUGUUUCGAUCAAGUUUUAAACACAAAUCUGCGUCCAGCUGCUCUCUUGACACACUUGGCGGCUCCUCAUCUAGUUAAGAGUAAAGGUGUCAUUGUCAAUAUAUCGAGCGUCCAGUCUUUAUGCGUCCCUACGGUGGAAACGAAGGGUUGUCCAUACGCAGUUUCUAAAGCAGGUUUGGACCACUUGACUCGCUGUGCAGCUUUAGAACUUGCGCCACACGGAGUGAGAGUGAACAGCAUCAACCCCGGGCCGGUUAGGACGGAUAUCUUCGCGAACACAGGGUUUUCGAAUCCGGAGGAGGUCGUGGAAGCGCUCAGGGCCGGGACUGCGCUGAACAGAGUCGGGGAACCUGAGGAGAUUGCGGACCUGGUGCUGUUUCUGGCCAGCGAGAAGGCAAGGAGCAUUACUGGCUCCAUUGUUGUGUCUGACAACGGUUACAUAUUGAAGUAGAUAACCACGUAAAGUAGCAGAUAUUGGUAUAGGUAUCAGCCAGCGGGAACGGCCAAGAUGCUCAAAAAUAUCUGAAUACACCCUAACAUCUUGAAAUCUAUUGUCCUGACAUUUAUUGACAAUAGAGACUCAGAUAUUUCUGAGCAUAUUGGCCGCUUUAAAGGGACGCUUACCCACUGGAAAUUUGUUUUUGGGAAAUAAACUUAUUUAUGUUUAAGUAUAGGGAAAUAAAUAAAAUAAAUUAUCCGCC